AUGCCGGACUUUAAGCUCUCCGCCUCCCUUGAGGGUCACGGCGAUGAUGUUCGUGCCGUGGCCUUUCCAAACAAGAAUGUCAUUCUCUCAGCUUCCCGUGAUGCAACUGUGCGACUAUGGAGGUUGACCUCGUCUCUGCCCCCAACGUACGACUACACCAUUGCCGCCCAUGGACAAGCCUUCAUUAACAGCCUUGCAUACCUACCGCCGACUGCCGAGUUUCCUGAAGGUCUAGUGCUAUCUGGUGGACAGGACACAAUCAUCGAGGCUCGACAGCCGAGCAAGUCGUCCUCGGAUAAUGCCGAUGCUAUGCUUCUGGGUCAUGGGCAUAAUGUUUGCGCUCUAGAUGUAUCUCCCAAUGGCGAGUACAUUGUUAGUGGCAGCUGGGAUUCCACAGCUCGCUUGUGGAGGGCUGGUAAAUGGGAAGCCGAAACUGUGUUCGAGGGCCACCAGGGAAGCGUUUGGGCCGUGCUAGCCUACGACGAGAACACCGUCAUCACUGGGUGUGCUGAUCAGAUGAUCCGCGUCUUCCGCACCUCUGGAGCCCUUAUUGGAAGUUUUAAGAACUCAAACGACGUGGUCCGAGCCCUCUGCAAACUUCCCAACUCCCAUUCCAGUGGUGCACAUUUCGCCUCGGCCAGCAAUGACGGUGUGAUCCGACUCUACACCAUACAGGGAAAUCUAGUUGCCUCUUUACACGGCCAUGAGAGCUUCGUGUACUCUCUUGCUGCGCUACCCUCCGGAGAGCUUGUGAGCUCAGGAGAGGACCGUACAGUGAGGAUAUGGCAGGGCACGGAAUGUGUGCAAACCAUCACGCAUCCGGCGAUAUCAGUGUGGAGUGUUGCCGUGUGCCAGGAAACCGGAGACAUUGUCAGCGGUGCGAGCGACCGUGUCACGCGUGUGUUCAGUCGAAGCUCGGAUCGUCAGGCUGGCCCCGAGGUGGUUCAGCAGUUUGAACAAGCUGUUAAGGAUUCAGCAAUCCCAGCAGAGCAGGUUGGUAAGAUCAACAAAGAGCAACUGCCGGGCCCGGAGUUUUUGAAGGAGAAAGCGGGUACAAAAGAUGGUCAAGUACAGAUGAUCCACGAACCAAACGGGAGCGUCACCGCUCAUACCUGGUCAAGUGCAACGCAGGAAUGGAUUGCUGUCGGAACGGUGGUGGAUUCGGCAGGAAGUAGCGGCCGAAAAACCGAGUACCUUGGCCAAGACUACGACUACGUCUUUGACGUCGACAUUGAAGACGGCAAGCCCCCUCUCAAGUUGCCAUACAAUGUGUCCCAGAAUCCAUACGAGGCAGCAACCAAAUUCAUUGGAGACAACGAGCUUCCCAUGUCCUAUCUCGAUCAGGUCGCGAAUUUCAUCACUCAGAACACACAAGGUGCCACGCUUGGUCAAUCGCAAUCAGGGGGUGCCGACGCUUGGGGCUCAGAUAGGCGAUACCGACCGGGAGAUGCAACUGCGCAACCCGAUACCACGACCACGACAAGCUUGACGACACCUGAACAGCGUCCACGUGUGUUACCACAAAAGACGUACCUUUCAAUUCGUUCUGCAAAUACCAAGGUCAUAGCAAAGAAGGUUCAAGAGUUAAAUGACAAGCUCCUGGCCGAGGGCCAAAAGUCAGUUGCUUUGAAUCCCUCUGAGGCGGAGGCAAUUGUGGCUCUCUGUGGACAGCUUGACGCUUCUCAAAAUAAACUUGACUCCUCUGUCGUUGAGUUUGGGCUCCCGCUGGUCUUCAAUAUCGCUACGACAUGGCCUACUGCCAACCGGCUGCCGGGCCUUGAUUUGUUGCGCUUACUUGCUGCCGCGACACCGAUGACGGCAACUGCUGACUACGAUGGUACGGAUCUCAUCACUGGUAUUUUGUCAAGUGAGGUCUUCGAUGCCCCUCUCAAUGUCAACAAUGCGAUGUUGUGCGUUCGAACCUUUGCCAACUUGUUCGAGACCGAAGCAGGCCGCGAUCUCGCUAUUCGCAAUUUCGAGGGGCUUUUGACAGGUGUGAAAUCAGCGCUUGCUAACUUGGGAUCCGCAUCAAAUCGCAAUCUGACUAUUGCUGUCACUACCCUUUACAUCAACUUUGCUGUUUACUUCACUUCUGAAGGCCGCUCGAAGUCUCCUGGAGCUGCGGAGCAGGGUCUGGUGUUAUUAGACGAACUGACUAAGAUUCUGACCAAGGAGAAGGAUUCAGAAGCGGUUUACAGAGGUCUUGUCGCGCUUGGCACUCUGAUCGUAGCCAUGGGGCCUGAGAUCAAAGCCGCUGCGAAGGAGAUCUAUGAAGUCGAGAGUUUGAUGAGCCGCAUCUCGUCUUCUGGGUCUGGAAAGGAACCGCGUAUUGCGGGCGUGAUUGGAGAAAUCAGGGUUGCGCUUUGA